UCCCUGCUUUCUCUCCUCUUCUCCUUCACCAAAUACCAAGCUCUUCGUCUCGGCUCUAGCUAGACGGCUCUAGCUCUUCAAAACAGCCACCUUUUUCUUCUCCUUCCAUAAAAAUCCCUCCUUUUUUGGCUCCGUCCGCCGGUGCCCGAUGAAGAAGCUAGGAAGCGCCAAAGGCCGGAAGGUGCACUCGUCCCUAACUCCCAAAGGCCACCUGGCUGCGCUCCCCGCGGCCGUGCUGGCCCUGGUGGCGACGCUGACUGCGGAGGAGCAAGAGGUCCUGGCCUACUUGCUUUCCGGCGGCGGGAGGUGGUGGGCGGAGCAACGGCGCCGGCGGGCUCACGCCCCGGAGCUAGGUUGCGGCUGCUUCGGGUGUUACACGAGCUUCUGGGCGCGGUGGGACGCGUCGCCCAACCGGCACGCCAUCCACAUCAUCAUCGACGCGGUGGAGGAGAACCUGGAGAGCGCGGAACGCGACCUCGCCGGGCGGCGGCGGAGGCAGAGAGCGCGGAAAGGCGGCGACUUGGCGGCCGUGGAGGGCUCGGUGGCCGGAGGGCGAUUGGGCAUCGACAUUGGAACUGACUUCCAUGAUAACGAUAAAGAAGAAGAGGAAGAGGAAGAAGAAGAAGAUAACGAAGUUGAUGAGAAGAACAGCCAUGAGAGCCAGAGCUCAGUCAGGAAGCUCAUGAGUUACAUUGGGGAAAGUGUCUGGGGAGUUUGGAACUGAAAACAAGAAGAAGAAAAAAGAAAUCAAAAAGCAAGAAAUUUUCCAAGGAAUUGAGAUCAAAAAGCUUGAUGAACGCUCAAUCUCACUCCACAUACAUUCUCCCAGCGCUUGUUCUAAGAUUUCUCUGUUUCUUUCAUGUAGAAAAAACAGUAAAUUUUCACAAGGGAUUCCUCUUUGCAUUGAUUGCAUUAAGCUUUCUUGUCAGAUUCUGAGUUCUAAGUAGAAGAACGUUUGCUUGGCCUUCAAUCUACAUUCAAUCUACACUCUUGUUUUAGA